AUGUCCUUGCGAGUUCCUAAUGAUAGUCGCCAUAUCAAUACUCACAGACGAAGAACAACAACAAACUUCAACGAUCUAGACGAGGAAUUGAUUAUGUUGGCCAGAAAACCCUCGCUGUCAAACAAGAAAAAAAAUUUGAAUAACAUCUUGGUUCCCCAAAUCAGAUUGCCAAAUUUGAAUUCGAUUCCUCCUUCUCCAAUUUUUCAAUUUGAUAAUAUUGAUUUAAAUCCAAAAAAUGAUAUUAACAAUAUGAAUAAUGAAACUAAUCACAACAAUAAUAUCAAUACUAACAACAACACUAACAACAAUAAUACUAAUGACAAUACCAAUGAUAAUAUCAAUAUUAAUAAUAAUAUCAAUAACUUGAAAAAUGUCAAUUUCAAUAAUUUAAAUAAUAAAUCUCAAUCCUCCAAUUCCCCCUCUAAAUUACACAUCAAUACUAACUUGGAUUCAAGUUUUGAUUCAAACACAAGUUUCAUAUCCACUUCGACAAAUAAAAAAAAUACCAUAAACCCAAAUAAUAUCAAUAACAAUAUCAAUAACAACAACAACAACAAUAGUCUUAAUCUCAUUAACAGCACUAUUGAAUCACCAAACUCCUCUAUAAAUUCGGCAUACACUCCCAACUCCUACAACUCUUUGCUCCCAAGAUCAAAAUCACACUCGAGAUCGAAAUCAAUCAGCUUCCAUUCAAGAUCCAAAAGUUUAGCCAUCAAUACUUCCUCCAAUCUAGAUUCUUUAAAUAACCAUUCUAAAUUAAGAAACCUUAAAAAUCCUCUAAAAAACAACAUCAUAAACUCAGAUCUAAAUAACGACACCGCCAUCAAUAACUCUAUAAAUAAUAACAACAUCACCCAUAAUAUCAUUAAUGAAAAUGCUGAUACUGAUAAUGAUAAUGAUAAUGGUAUCCUUGAUCAUAACAAUAACAACAAUAUCAAUAACAAUAGCAACAAAAUUAACAUCAAUAUCAAAACAAUUGACUCAAUAUCAAAGAAUACUCGAAUAAACUCAGAUGCAAAUGACCUCAAUAUUAAUUCAAAAAGCAUAAACAAUUCUAACCUUAAAAAUCGUAUUAUAAACUCACCAAUAACUUCAUAUGAGGAAAUACAGCAUCUCUAUUCCCAUUGUUAUCCAAUUCAUGUAAUCUCUAAACAUUCCAUAUUAAGUUUAAUCAAAUACUCUUCAGAUUCAUCUACAAAUCAAAAUCAAAACCAAAAUUCAAAUCAAAAUCAAAAUCAAAAUCAAAAUCAAAGCCAAAAUUUAAAUUCAAAUUCUGUUAAAGUCUUGUCUUUAUUUGGCUUGAGAAACCUUUGUAUGAUGUUGUUUUUCAUUACAAAUAUUAAAUCCGUUUUCUACUAUGUUUUAUCAAUUAAUUAUUUCCAUUUAUUAUCCCCAAUUAAAUUAAUCUCUCAUCAUUUAAAAUAUAAUACUGACAUUAGGUGCUUUCUGUUUAUCAUUUUUUUUUUAACUCCUCUAUCCUUUUUUUUCAGUCUACUAAUUGAAAAGCUAGCUUUUUACUUGACUAAAAGAAAAUUCAAUUCUCUAACUAGACAUUCUAUGGAUAAUAACCUUCAGUCAAACUUUCCAAAUACAAAUUCCUUAUUAUCCAUAAAUUAUCUAUCUUCCUUUACAAAUUUAUUACAUUUUUUAAACUCUUUCAAUCAUUUUAUUUUUGCAAACUAUAUUACCAGCGAAUAUGUUUGGAACCCACUCGUUGGUGUCAUAAUAGAAAUAACUUCAAUUGUUCUCUUUUUCAAAUUGAUUAGCUAUUCUUUAACCAAUAAUGAUUUAAGACACUUAUACUUCCGUUCUAUUAACCCUCAAAAGUACAACUCUUACUUGAUUGAAUUAGAAAAGGAAAGAAGACAAGAACCAAUUAUUAUUGACCCUUCAAAGCUAUCUGAGGUUUAUAACAAAGCAAAUAAUCAUAAAAAAGAUAACCAAUUAAACAAUAAUAAUCUCAAGAACAGUCAUGACAUCAAUUCAUCUAUUCCUUCUAACUUUUUAAAAGAUGGUUUGGAUUUUAUUGAUUAUCACUUACAGCCAAACUUUUAUAAGACAAAUUUUUACCCAAAAAAUCUAUCUAUUAAAAGCACUUUUUUUUAUAUGUUUGUACCAACAUUAGUUUAUCAGCCUGUUUACCCAAUGAAUCCUUUAUUUGACAUUCAUUAUUGUUUAAAUAAGAUCUAUGAAAUAAUCAUAAUAUCUGCAUCAAUUUAUUUAUUGUCUAACAGAUAUUACUUUCCACUUAUGAAGGACUCUAUUCUCAAAAUUUUCUCUUAUUCAUCAAUCCCUUCUCCAUCAUCAAAUUCAAGUUUUUCAAUAAAUCAUUUAGAUAUAAUUGAAAAAAUCAUCCAUUUAACAGAUGUUUCUAUUGUUUGCUGGAUUUUAGUUUAUUUUAUGGUUUUCCAUACUUUUUUAAAUUUGGUGGCAGAAAUAACUAAAUUUGGGGAUAGAGAAUUUUAUAGUCAAUGGUGGAAUUCAAAAUCCACUCAAUCAUAUUGGAAAACUUGGAAUAAACUAUUUUCAAACUUUUUUUAUCGUCAUAUUUCUAGACCUAUCUCAAUAUCUACAAUUAAUAAAAGAAAUUGGUCAAAAUUAAAAAUUAAUCUACUGAUUUAUAUAAUUGGGGGUAUCUUACAGGAAAUACUUAUUGGUGUGCCAACACAUACAUUUUUGGGAAUUGGUUUCAUUUCCGUCAUUUUGCAGCUACCAUUAUCCAUCUUAACUGCACCUUUAGAAAAUUUAGAAAGAAAUUUUAUUGGGAAUUUUGUUUUUUGGAUAGGAUUUAUUUUGGGUCAACCGCUAAUUGUUAUGUUAUACUAUGUCAUUUGGAAUAUUAAAUACUAUGGUGAAGAAGUCAUUAAUUUUCAAUUGUAA